AUGCUUAGAGCUACCAAAGGGGCGCUAGUGCAAUGUGACCCAUCUAUCAGGGCAUUGAUAUUGCAAAUUGAUGCCGAAAAUCGAGGAGUUGUGCUUGAGGAAUUGGACGAUACCCACUUGUUGAUUGCCACGGACCAGAUUCCCUACGUGAAGAGUGAGUUGAACAAAAAGUUAUCAAAGAAUAUUUACAACCCAUUUGAAGAGGAUGGAAAUUGA